GGCAACACGACAGACAGUCGCAAGUCGCAAGGUCUGUUGCGCUGUGCGGGCGGCAUUCGUUUCAAAAUAGUGAUUACAGAUUUCUGAACAGACGAGCGGACGUUGUUUGUGCAAAUUAACUUAAUCUGUAAUAUUAAUUUUUCUAAAUUUAUUUCAAAAUGUCAAAUAUAACACCCGCGCAAAUCGUACAUCGUUUUUGUAAUAAAAACUCGUAUAAAUUUAUGUUCAACAUGAUCAAGAAUGGGACACGUGCAAAAAAUCCUAUUUUCAUUUAUGAGCUCUAUGUGAUAAUUGGUGAAGACAAAAUUAGAGCAGUCGCCAGUGGUAAAAGUAAAAUCAAUGCUAAACAUGCUGUUUCAAUAAAAGUCUUAGAAGAAUUAGCAUCGCGUGACUUAUACUCUGGCCAAAUGUUUGAUAAGUCCAUUUAUCAGGUGACAGAUACUCCUCAACAGCCUUGUCCUAUUUCAAGUUUAUCGAAUUUCUGUGAAGAACAUAGGUUGCCAUCACCUGUAUAUGAAUUAGGUGACACCAUAAGAAGAUCGCAUCCCAUUCAAUUUGAGAUGAUCUGUCGAGUAGGUGAUUAUCAAGUCAAAGGUGUAUCGACAAAGAAAAAAUCUGCUAAGCGUCUAUCUGCAGAGAAUAUGAUGUAUUACUUAUGUAGUCUGAGUUCUAUUGAUAUAGAAAGUUGUCGAGUUGAACAUAUACCAAAUAUUCAGUUAAUUAAUGAAAUAUUAUAAAAAGCUACAUGAACAGGAUAAAAAUGCACCAGAAUUUUGUGUCGCUGAAGACAGUAUGGAG